GUCGACCCUGCGCGCCCGGGUGGGACAGAUCUACCCCAGACUCGGCGCCGCGGUCAGGACCUGCUGACAGUCUGCCGGACGCUUCGUUCUCGAUGGACCCGGCGGGCGAGGGAGCCCGACCGGCCGACGGGGCGGGAGCUGGGCCGGUGGGCGCCGCACGCCCACUUCCGUUGACGUUGUGUGGAGCCCGGCGCGGAGUCGCGUCGCCGAGGAGCUAAUUGUCGUCUGAGGACUCGCCUGAGAACUUAACGCUUAUUGAUGUGUCACAGCUGACGGUGCCCGCAGUGCUCGCUUCUCGCGACUCAUUAGAUGCCCUUACUAGUUGUCAGAGGUUUAUUGGGGCUCUUUCCGCUGCACUGACGCCACCCCCGCUGUCCCGCCCAGCAGCAGUCACCGUGCGUCUCCAAGUUUCCCUUGGAGUCGGGCUGCUGCCGCUCUCACACCAGAUCCGCGAGCUCUGCAUUCUCCACCCUUUCCUCUUCCAGGGGAACUUGGUUCAUUCUCAUGUACCUACCUUUGCACCUUGUAGGCAUCCUUUUUCAGGUAUUUCCAUGCAAGAAGUAUUUCUUGAGGACCUACUAACAGUAUUUUAAUGCUACAGGCAAUUCAGAAGCAAUGCCUAAAACCGCUUCCUCUUAGAGCUUUAGAUUCCAGGUAGAGAAGUUACGUGCCCAGGUUCAAGACAUCCCAGCGAGCGAUCAGAGGCGAGGUGUUUGGGAGUGGAAAUGGGAGAGAAAGACCUGGCCUUUCGCUCCAUCUCUUUCACCCUGGGAUCUUUCAUCAUCCUUUUUUUGAGUUUCCUCCUUUGGUGAAAUGCUCCAUGUGAGGGGUUAUUGUGAAAAGCAAAUGAGCUGAUGCCUAUGAAAGGGCUUUGAAGGUCAAAAGUACCAUAUAAUUAAACUUCACUGGUUCUUUUUGAGAAGUAAUGAGAGUCAGGAUUGGCAGAGCAUUGGGGACAAUUUAUAAAGAACCAUGAGUGCAAGGCUCAGGAAUGUAGACUGGAAAACUGUUAAAUGCUGUCAAUCAAGAGAGUGAUGUGAUGGAAAUGGCAUCGUUGGAGGGUGUAUCUGGUGCCAGAAUGCAGCACAGGUUAGACGGAGUUUGGAGGCAAGAACUUGAGCGCUGUUUUUCCCCCUAAAGUCUACAAUUCUAGAUAAGAUAUGUUAAAUGUUACCUUUAGGGCAAAAAAAGUACAUAAGGUACACCUUGUAUUAUAUAUACCUCUAUACUUUGUAUUCUUCUGUUGUUAGCUUAUUCAUUUACUUUGUAAAUCUGGAAACUUGUUACAUUUUAGAUUAUCUUUGGAAAGGUUAACAGUUACUUGAUGUGACACUAAUUUCUCAUACAGACCUUUUGAAUUACCUUUAAUUACACUAACCCAUUAAGAGCUAAAAGCAGAAUACUUUGUAAGACUCUAAGACAGGGUGACAGCUAAGUAGCAGAAUUAAUUGGGAAGUGUUUUUAAAACAUGUUCCAAGUCUUACUUUCCACUAAUGUAAUCAGAAUUUAGUAAGCAUCCCAGGUCAAGUAACUAUUAUAGACAUUUAAGUGAUUUUGACAUUAAGUUAUUGUAAUGUAUGUUAAGUACAACUUUUCAAGAUCAUUACUAUUGUUUAAAAUUAGGUAGACCUGUGUGUACUUUCAGCACUUUCAUAUUUUGAAUUGUUGACUAAAGAGCACAUCUGACAUGCAGCUAGGUUUGUCAUAGUGUCCCAAACGGAUAUUAUAAUGUGGAUAAUUGACAAUGCAGUUACAGUCAAUUAUCAGAUAAUAUCCAUAUAGGAAAUCCUGGUGUGGAAAAUGCAGAACAGUGUAUCAUUUUUUGUAUUUGGCCUUGAAGUUAUUUUGCAAAUUUUCUAACUCCCUUUAAUAGUUUGUUUUCAGAAUUAUUUAUAAUUUUUGUUAGAGAAAUUGUCAAUUUAAUUUGCAUAGACUACAGAGCUAAGAAAGUUAGCUUAGAUGGGAAGGAAAUUAUCUGCAUGCCAUCAGCAUUCCACAUGUAUGUAGUGAGGAGUGGAGUCCCGAAUUGUGUCAGUUGCUAAGACUCUUCAGGGCUUUAUAAGAAGACCUACGUUCUCUCAUGACCUUUUCAUUUAUUGAAAACCUCUUAACCUUACUAAGAAUCAGUUUCUUAAGCUAUAAAACAAGUGUGAUGAUAUUCUCUCUACUUCAGAGCUACAUUGAAAACUACAUGACAUAGGUGAAUGGUCUUUAUAUAUUAUAGUGUCUCAGAAGUAUAAACAGACUUUUUUUUAUCAAGCUGACUUUAUCAUGUUUUCUAGAUUGUUGUUUUGUGUCAGGAAGUAAUCCAUGAAAUGUGAACAUGGGGAAGAAACGGACAAAGGGAAAAAUUGUUCCAGUUGAUGAUUCUUCUGAAUCUUUAGAACCUGUGUGCAGACACAUUAGAAAAGGACUGGAACAAGGUAGUUUGAAAAAGGCUUUGGUGAAUGUGGAAUGGAAUAUUUGCCAAGACUGUAAGACAGACAAUAAAGUAAAAGAUAAAUCUGAAGAAGAAACGGAAGAAAACCCCUCAGUGUGGCUGUGUCUGAGAUGUGGCCACCAGGGCUGCAGCAGGAACUCCCAGGAGCAGCACGCUUUGAAGCACUAUCUGACACCAAGAUCCGAACCCCAUUGUCUGGUUCUUAGUUUGGACAACUGGAGUGUAUGGUGUUACCUAUGUGAUGAGGAGGUCCAGUACUGUAGCGCAAACCGACUGGGUCAGGUGGUUGAUUAUGUUAGGAAACAAGCCCAUGUGACAACUCCAGAAUCAGCAGCAAAAGAUAACGGUAACAUUGAACUUGAAAAUAAAAAAUUAGAAAAGGAGAGUAAAAAUGAACAAGAGAGAGAAAAAACGGAAAACACGGCCAAAGAAACUCCCAUGAAUUUUACUUCCCAAAUAACUGUGAAAGGACUCAGUAAUCUGGGAAACACGUGUUUCUUCAAUGCAGUCUUGCAGAAUUUGUCCCAAACACCAGUGCUUAGAGAACUACUAAAAGAAGUAAAAAUGUCUGGAACCGUUGUAAAAAUUGAACCACCUGACUUGGCACUAACAGAGCCCUUGGAAAUCAACCUUGAGCCUCCAGGCCCUCUUACUUUGGCCAUGAGCCAGUUUCUCAUUGAGAUGCAGGAGACCAAAAAGGGAAUCGUGACACCUAAGGAACUCUUUUCCCAGGUCUGUAAGAAAGCAGUGCGCUUUAAAGGCUAUCAGCAGCAAGACAGCCAGGAGCUGCUUCGUUACUUAUUGGAUGGGAUGAGAGCAGAAGAACACCAAAGAGUGAGUAAAGGAAUUCUUAAAGCAUUUGGUAAUUCUACUGAAAAAUUGGAUGAAGAACUAAAAAAUAAAGUUAAAGAUUAUGAGAAGAAGAAAUCGGUGCCCAGUUUCGUGGACCGCAUCUUUGGUGGGGAGCUGACAAGCACGAUCAUGUGCGAUGAAUGUAGAACGGUCUCCUUGGUUCAUGAGUCUUUCCUUGACUUGUCCCUACCAGUUUUAGAUGAUCAGAGUGGUAAGAAAAGUAUAAAUGAUAAACAUCUGAAAAAGACAGUGGAAAGUGAGGAUAAAGACAGCGAGGAAGACAAGGAUGAUGACAGUUACGUAAAGGAGAGAAACGACGCCCCAUUGGGUGCGAGCAAGCACCUGCAGAAGAAGGCCAAGAAGCAGGCCAGGAAGCAGGCCAAGAACCAGCGAAGGCAACAAAAAAUUCAAGGAAAAGUUCUUCAUUUAAAUGAGAUCUGCACCUUUGACCCCCCUGAAGAUGAUGAACGUGAGGUUGAAAUGUCAGUUCAGGGAGAAGUGGACAUUAAAUCCGACCACAUCUCACAAGAGGAAGUUGCAAAUAAAGAAUAUUGUGUUAAUCAGAAAGACUUGAAUGGCCAAGAGGAAAUGACAGAAAGUGUAACUGUCAGUCAGAAAUCUGCUGAGGACGUGGACAUGAAAAGUCCCAGCGUGGAUAGUGAGCUGGAGGUUUUGUCAUCAUCUCCCACCAACUGUCCUGGGGAUUUAAACGGUGCCUUCCUGGACGAAGGGGGCAGUGGAGAAGCAGAUAUUUCCAGGGGUUUCAGAAACCUGCACUUGGAUGCUGCUCUUCACCCUGACGACAUACAUCUCGAGAUUCUGAAUGGCAGCCCUGCUCCCAGGACCAAGGUGUAUGAGUUUGUGAACCAAGACCCAGAAACUGCUUUCUGUACUCUUGCCAACAGGGACGCUUCCAGUGCAGAUGAGUGUUCCAUCCAGCACUGCUUAUACCAGUUCACCCAGAACGAGAAACUCCGAGAUGCAAACAAACUGCUCUGUGAAGUGUGCACCCGGAGGCAGUGUAGUGCACCAAAGGCAAAUCUAAAAGGUGAGCAGAAACCUGUUUACACUGAUGCCAGAAAGCAGAUGUUGAUUUCUCGUGCUCCUCCUGUUCUCACCCUUCACUUGAAGCGGUUUCAGCAGGCUGGUUUUAACCUACGCAAAAUUAACAAACACAUAAAAUUCCCGGAAAUCCUAGAUUUGGCUCCUUUUUGUACCACUAAAUGUAAGAGUGUUGCUGAAGGAAGCCGCAGGGUGCUGUACUCCCUGUAUGGGGCUGUGGAGCACAGCGGCACCAUGCGGUCUGGGCACUACACGGCCUACGCCAAGGCGAGAGUGGCAAACAGGCACCUAUCGGAUCUUGUUCUCCGCGGGGACGUCCCACAAGACUGUGACGUGGAAUCCACCAAAGGGCAGUGGUUUCACAUCAGCGAUACCCACGUGCAAGCUGUGCCUACAGCUAAAGUCCUGAGCUCCCAAGCGUACCUCCUCUUUUAUGAGAGAAUACUCUAAGUUUUUAUAACAGCUGUAAUAAUAAAAACAAGUACAGACAGACUAGAUCAUGUUCACUAUAAAUUAAGUCCGUGCCAGAAGAAAUCAUGUGUACUGAAGUGCUGGCGGGAGGACACCUGCUGAGUGACCACAUGUUGUCCUGUCAUAGUUUUCCUUCCUGCUUCCAGGUUCUGGAAAGAUUCUGAACCAAGUCCUGGUAACAUGUCUGUGGUGCCUACAGCACAUCAAUAAACUGACUUACCCCCAAAA